AUGGAGUGUGAUGAUGCUGGUGUUGGUAUGUGUCUGAUGUUGGGGUGUAAUGUUGGUGAUGCUGGUAUGUGCCUGAUGUUGGGGUGUGAUGAUGCUGAUGUUGGUAUGUGUCUGAUGUUGGGGUGUGAUGCUGGUGAUGUUGGUAUGUGUCUGAUGUUGGGGUGUGAUGCUGGUGAUGUCGGUUUGUGUCUAAUGUUGGGGUGUGAUGAUGCUGAUGUUGGUAUGUGUCUGAUGAUGGAGUGUGAUGAUGCUGGUGUUGGUAUGUGUCUGAUGUUGGGGUGUGAUGCUGGUGAUGUUGGUAUGUGCCUGAUGUUGGGGUGUGAUGCUGGUGAUGUUGGUAUGUGUCUGAUGUUGGGGUGUGAUGCUGGUGAUGUUGGUAUGUGUCUGAUGUUGGGGUGUGAUGCUGGUGAUGUCGGUUUGUGUCUAAUGUUGGGGUGUGAUGAUGCUGAUGUUGGUAUGUGUCUGAUGAUGGAGUGUGAUGAUGCUGGUGUUGGUAUGUGUCUGAUGUUGGGGUGUAAUGUUGGUGAUGCUGGUAUGUGCCUGAUGUUGGGGUGUGAUGCUGGUGAUGUUGGUAUGUGUCUGAUGUUGGGGUGUGAUGCUGGUGAUGUUGGUAUGUGUCUGAUGUUUGGGUGUGAUGCUGGUGAUGUCGGUUUGUGUCUAAUGUUGGGGUGUGAUGAUGCUGAUGUUGGUAUGUGUCUGAUGAUGGAGUGUGAUGAUGCUGGUGUUGGUAUGUGUCUGAUGUUGGGGUGUAAUGUUGGUGAUGCUGGUAUGUGCCUGAUGUUGGGGUGUGAUGCUGGUGAUGUUGGUAUGUGUCUGAUGUUGGGGUGUGAUGCUGGUGAUGUUGGUAUGUGUCUGAUGUUGGGGUGUGAUGCUGGUGAUGUCGGUUUGUGUCUAAUGUUGGGGUGUGAUGAUGCUGAUGUUGGUAUGUGUCUGAUGAUGGAGUGUGAUGAUGCUGGUGUUGGUAUGUGUCUGAUGUUGGGGUGUAAUGUUGGUGAUGCUGGUAUGUGCCUGAUGUUGGGGUGUGAUGCUGGUGAUGUUGGUAUGUGUCUGAUGUUGGGGUGUGAUGCUGGUGAUGUUGGUAUGUGUCUGAUGUUGGGGUGUGAUGCUGGUGAUGUCGGUUUGUGUCUAAUGUUGGGGUGUGAUGAUGCUGAUGUUGGUAUGUGUCUGAUGAUGGAGUGUGAUGAUGCUGGUGUUGGUAUGUGUCUGAUGUUGGGGUGUAAUGUUGGUGUGCUGGUAUGUGCCUGA